CAGAAUUUCAAGAUGGAGAGCCUCGUCGAGUCAGAACUCGACCACCUCGAUAUUUCACCCAAGUCUUUUCUUGCUAUUCAAGAUAUUAGACGCCAGGGAAUGAUUGCAGAUGCCCCGGCAACCUUUAAGGUGAACAACAGGGCCAGCGGGAUUGAAGACACUGUGAUAUUUGAGCAGAAAGACCUGUCUUGUCAAGCUUUUCCUGUUAUGGAAGCAAUAAGGAGACAGGGCAAGCUGUGUGAUGUCACAUUAAAGGUGAGUGACCAGAAGUUUUCAGCCCACAGAAUUGUCCUAGCUGCCACCAUUCCCUAUUUUCAAGCCAUGUUCACUCAUGAUAUGGUGGAGUCCAAGCAGGACGAGAUCUCCAUGCAGGGAAUAGAGGCUAGUGCCCUGGAAGCUCUGAUCAAUUAUGCGUACAACGGCCGCGUUCAAAUUGAUAGCAAGUCAGUUCAGGCUUUACUUGUUGGGGCAAGUUUUCUCCAUUUAUAUCCUGUAAAAGAGGCCUGCAGUGAUUAUUUAAAAAACAGACUGCACCCUACAAACGUCCUUGGCAUCAGAAACUUUGCAGAGCAGUUUGUUUGUCAACAGCUGGUGGAGGCAGCUAACAAGCACCUGCAGAAGCAUUUCAUCGAGGUGUCCAGGUCCGAAGAGUUCUUGAACCUCAGCCAGGCCGAGGUGUUGGACAUUCUGUGCCGAGAUGAACUGUAUGUGACCAGUGAGGAACAGGUGUUUGAGGCCAUGUUGGCCUGGAUAAAGAAAGACAUGGAUAACAGAGUGGACACACUGCCCGAGUUGAUGCGCCAUGUCCGCUUGCCUCUCAUGUGUCCACAAUACCUGACAGACCGCGUUGCCGCAGAGGAAUUGAUCAAGACAUCUUUUCAGUGCAGAGAUUUACUGGAUGAAGCCAAAGAUUUUCACCUGAUGCCAGAGAGACGCCCACAUUUGCAAACUUUCAAGACGCGUCCACGUUGCUGCACAGAUAUUGUUGGCAUUAUUUAUGCUGUUGGAGGACUGACCUCAUCUGGAGACUCGUUAAGCACAGUAGAGAGCUUUGAUCCCAUUGUGGGCCGAUGGACAUUAGCUGAACCCAUGAGCACUCUCAGAAGCAGGGUGGGAGUUGCAGUUCUAGAUGGGCAGUUGUAUGCAAUUGGAGGCUAUGACGGCCAGGAGAGGUUACAAACAGUUGAAGUUUUUGACCCAGUUUUGAAACAUUGGAAACUUGUAGCACCCAUGACUAGUAAAAGGAGUGCUCUUGGCGUAGCAACAGUUGACAGCAAAUUGUACGUGUGCGGAGGUUAUGAUGGAGUAGGGUCCCUGAGCUCAGUGGAAUGUUACGAUCCAGACACAAACACAUGGAAUAUGGUUUCUAAUAUGACCAAGCACCGGAGUGCGGCUGGAGUGACCACCUUUGACACACAAAUUUACGCCCUGGGUGGUCACGACGGACUGUCCAUAUUUGAUUCUGUGGAGUGUUUCAAUCCACUGACGGGAACAUGGACACAGGUGGCGCCCAUGUUAACCAAGCGCUGUAGACUAGGGGUGGCCACUCUGAACGGGAAACUCUACGUAUGUGGUGGAUAUGACGGCUCAGUAUUUCUAAAAUCUGUGGAAUGUUACGACCCAGUGACCAACCAAUGGACCAAAGUGGCGCCCAUGAAUAUAAAGCGCAGUCGAGUAGCACUGGCGGCAAACUGUGGGAAACUGUACGCCAUUGGAGGGUACGAUGGUGUGUCCAACCUCAGCUCUGUGGAGGUUUAUGACCCAAACACAAACUGCUGGACCUUCGUGUCCCCUAUGUGCGCCCAUGCCGGGGGUGUUGGGAUAGGCGUUAUACCCCUGGCGCCAUCAAUAUAAAAAUACCGCCCCCUCCCCUCUUUUUUUUUUAACCCAAACAAAACAGUUGUGCCUGUGGGAAAAUGAAAACUUUCUAUGUUGUAGGAUUUCAUUAGUUUGCAUAAGGGCUGUAUAACGCUUAAUUUGAAUGGCCAGUAGCAGUUCUAAAUUUUCGUCCAUGUCAAUGUUGCCAAUGUGAAAGAUCAUUCUUUGGACAAUUAUCUUCAUAUUUAUUUAUUUAAGCAGGGAAAGAUUAUUUUUUAUGAAACAGUUCAAUUUGCAGAAUGAUAGCUUCUGUUUAUGGUGAUGCUAGUGAAACAGAAAGAAGAAUCAUUUGUGGUCAUAAAAACCAUUUAUUUAAAUGGCAGGAAGAUGCCAGGCUUAAUGAAAAGAGUGAAUAUGAGAUGUUCCAAGAGAAUUUGUGGGGAAAUGAAGUAGACUGCUUUUACAUGUUUGUCUGAAAUGUAGAGGCAUGGAAGGGAAAUAAUUACUGCUUUGUCAAAAUCUUAUUAUAUAAAUUAUUUUUUGUGGCAUUAUUGGAGGCGAACCACGGUUGAGCAGCGUUCAUGUUUCGUAUUUCCCUUUCCCGCAAACGUGAGAUCAGCCAACACCUGACGGCCACUGUGCACUUACAGAAAGUUUAGCAAAGAAGUUUUGUGUUAGUAGAGACAGAGUGCAAUGUUGAUAACUAAAUAUUUCUUCACAAAGGAUCCUUUUUAGAGCCUUUCUUAAAACUGAAUGAUAAUGUUUCCAAUUGUUAGUGCAUAUUUACCAUUAGUGACACAGAUAAAGUUGUUGGUGCGUAGAUUAUGAAACAAGAUGAUGCAUUAGAUCUACUUAGCGACUCGUCAACAGCACGGUUCACUGAUCACCGACCGGUUAACUGUAUUUGGUUACUAUUGAGUUAUUGCAAAUCAUGAGUACCAGCAUUUAAACUAACUCCACUGUAAACUAUUAGUUUUAUUUUAUUUAUUUCAUUAUUUUUUGGAAGAGUUCGUGAUUAGUGACAUGUAUUUAAUGAGUAAGUGGUCUUUACCUUCUUUUAAACGAUAGUUUACCGGAACACGAGCGCUGAACAUCUCACGCUGAACUGCUGUAGUGGCUGGCCACCUCAGCGGCUCAUGAAAUUUUAUUUAUUUAUUUAUUUAGUCUAAUAGAACACUGUUGUCUAGUUUUUGUGGUGAUGUUCCGGUUGGGAUUCCCGCCUAUGUGAUGUUUGAGUUUGGGGAGGUGGGGGCAGGGUUAUGAAUAUUAGCCACAUUUUUUGAGAGCAUUAUCCAUUUCCUUGUGUUUCUUGGUUCUGUCCGCCGCCACCAACUGUUGACAAUGGCCAAGCAUGUGUCUUUGGUUGUGUGGUAUCAGGGUUUUUUAUUAGUGGUAUUUGUUUAUCUGUGGAACGCCUCCGAACGCAGUGGUUCAACUUUAAUAUAUUGCGGCCAGAGAACCUAAUUAUUUCUGAUUUAUGGAUCUCUUUCGCACAGAGUUAUUUUAGGCUGGUGUAUAUUUAGACAUAAGUAAAAUAAGUAUAUGAUGUAAAGCAGCACUAAGGUGUAUAGAUGUACUGUAGGUUUUUUCUUUUUUUUGUUUCAUUAAAGAAAAAAAAACUUUUUGAUAUUUUUUCACUGCGACAACCUUGCGGAAAUUAACAACGUCGAACAAAUUUAAAAUGUAGAGUUUGUA